AUGGCCCAUCACGUAACAACAGCAGCACAGGCAGUCGAUUGGAAAAGAUUUUCCUCGUGGAUGCACUUAUUGAGGUCGGUGGCUUAUGGGUACAGAUUCAGCAGAAAUCUAAAACAAAAAGCCGCAAAACAAAAAGUGCAGCGUGGACUGCUAACGCAGGAUGAGCUGGUGAUAGCGGAACAGCUUAUAUUUAGUUGGGUUCAAUGGGAACAAUAUCCCGAUGAAAUGACCGUUCUAAGUGGUGACCAGAAAGUGCCAACGCGACUACGGACAAAAUUAGAGAGAAUCAGCAGAAUUCGUACCCUGUCACCUUAUGUUGAUGAAUUUGGCGUGCUCCGCUCGGACAGUCGAAUUGCUGCGGCUAGGUAUGUAGCCUAUGACACUCGAUACCCCGUAAUUCUACCGAAGGAACAUAUAGUGACUCGCUUACUGGUGAGCUUUUAUCAUCAAAAGUAUUUGCACGCGAAUGGAGAGACCGUAGGUAAUGAGCUAAGGCAACGUUUUCAUAUAUCGAAGCUGAGAUCGCUAGUCCGCGAGGUCGUAAAGGGAUGUAUGAAGUGUAAAAUUAAGAAGGCUGUGCCAAUGGUUCCUCGAAUGGCACCACUCCCGGCAGCAAGGCUACAGGCGUUUACCCGCCCGUUUUCAUACGUGGGGGUGGAUUUCUUCGGGCCUAUUGCGAUGCGUGUCAAUCGCAGCAUUAACAAGCGAUGGAUAGCGCUAUUUACGUGCCUGACAACCCGUGCCGUACACCUCGAGGUGGUACACACUUUAUCGACUGAGUCCUGUAAAAUGGCCAUCCGACGUUUCAUAGGACGCCGAGGUGCACCGGUAGAGAUACGAAGCGACAGAGGUACGAACUUCGUAGGAUCAAGCAAUGAGCUACUAGAGGAGAUGAACGAGAUUAAUUCACAACUUGCGGAGACGUUCACGAACGUGGGCACAAGAUGGGUGUUUAAUCCACCGGGAGCACCACACAUGGGUGGCGCAUGGGAGAGGCUGGUGAGGUCGGUUAAGACGGCUCUAGCGGCAAUGUAUACUUCGAGGGUUCCUAGUGAGGAGACAUUGACGACGUUGGUGGUGGAAGCUGAGAGUGUGGUGAAUUCGCGUCCACUGACGUAUAUUCCGCUCGAGACAGAGCAGCAAGAGGCUUUAACACCAAACCAUAUCCUUUUACUAAACUCCAGCGGUGUGGUGCAAACCCCAAAGAAUCUUUCAGAUCCCAAACUAGCGGGCAGAGCGGAGUGGAAUUUGUGUCAGGUAAUGCUGGACGCUUUCUGGCGUCGUUGGGUCCGCGAAUACCUCCCAACAAUCGCACGGCGUAAGAAGUGGUUUGAGGAAGUGCCACCGAUCGGAGUUGGCGAUAUAGUAGUCGUGGUAGAGGAGAAAGUGAGAAACGGAUGGAUUCGUGGAAGAGUUGUCGAGACUAAACCUUAA